UGUGUCCGGGGACAUCCCCAUCCCCACUCCCCAGUCGCAGUCAGCAGACGCCUGGCCUGGCAGCCCUGGUCCGCUCCGCAGUUACCAGCCCAGGCACUUCAGGUCCUAAGUGCACAGCGCACACAUCGCAUCUCGCAACACCACCUCUGGCAGAGUCGCAGUCCACUUUCCCUCCUGCCGAUCGGGUUCGGUCGUCAGCUCAAAACAAAGAGGACAUGGAGCACCUGCCGGACGACGUGCUCGUGACGCUGAUGGAGUACCUGGACGUGGAGGGCCUCCUCGCCUGCCGCCUCGUGUGCAAGAGGGUCGGCGGCCUGGCGCUGCACCGGGACGUGUGGCGGCAUCGACAACUGCCAGGCUACCGAUGCGUGUGCCCCGUGCUGCGACUCGCGCCGCGCGUCGCUUCCCUGAGUGUAGAACUCCCGCAUCGUCGCCGAUGUGGCCUCGCGUACAUUGCGACCAGGUGCGCUGUAACAAGGUUGUCCCUGUCUCUACGCAAAGACUACGACGCGAUGCGCGCAGCAGCGGUGAUCUGCAGGCAGGAGGCGCUCGGCCGUCUGAGGAGCGUUCAAGUCCAUUUUGGCCGUAACCUUGACGACGUCUCCUACGUUUUGGGAACUCUGGCUACAACGGCUGACUUGGAGGAGCUUCAAGUCACGGGACUAACAUAUCACGUAACGGCCACGGCCGCUGCCGUUGCUGUUCUGGGCAGCCCCGUGUCGACGCCUUCACUUAGAUUUUUCCGGUGCGAGCUCGUCCCGCAGACCGAGCACUUUGUGAACUUCAUCCUGGCCGGACACGCGGCCACGCUCCAGAAGGUUGACGUCGGCCAUCGGAGCUACGACCUCCGGCUGGACUUCACUGGCCACUUACUGGCAGUGUCGUUGCGAAGUCGUGAUGAAUUUUCCAUGUUAUGGAGUUAUCAAUAAUUAUGGAUGUUAUUAAGAGCCCGUGGGAAAACAAAGGGAAUUUUUGAGUCCAAAAUGUAUCCAUUUUGCUAGGGCUUUUUAGAAAAAGUGCCCCAAAAGGGAAAAUUUGUAGGCUAAAGGGAAAUUUUGUUGCCGCCCGUGAAGGAAAAACGUCCGCUGCCACUUCGCAACACUGCUUACUGGGUGGCUUGCCGAAUCUCCGCCAGCAGAAGUGCAGCAGUAUGACCGGGCUGGAGGCCGUCGCCGCUUGCGAAUCGCUCCAGGACCUGGACCUCAAGAAUAUGAAAAAAAUACAGUAAGCUGUGCUUAAGAGGUGUUUACUAGCAAUGAAGCCCUACUCAAUAGAAGAGCCUUUUAACAAUUGUUUCGCCAUAUUCAAAUAGUACAUUCUAUCAUGUAUAUUGACUUGUAAAGCUCUGUCAAAGCUACAUUACAAAUAAAAAUAAAUAAAUAAAUGAGCUGCAACACA